GUCUCACUCCAAAUCGUCAAAUUGGCGGGAUCAUUUCACCGCCCGUAUAUAAAAAUCCCCCUUCACCGAAACCAUCCGCCGCUCGGAAGGUCCAGAAAGCGAGCGGCGAUGGCGGCGGCGAUGCCGGGAUGGCGACGGUGACGGCGCGGAGGAGGAGGAGCCGCCGCCGUUCCCGUCCGAGCUGAGCGCUUCCCCCGACGGAGCCGCCGGGGAUGAGGAGAUCGCCCGGCACCUUCCCGAUGCUGACGGGGAGGGAGAGCCUGGUCCGCCUGAUCGGGAAGCGCCGGCGGUUCCUCCCCAAUCGCCACUCGCUCCUCUCCUCCGCCUCUGCUUUCCAGAGCUGUCUGAAUCUGGGUACUGACGAGGGUGGAAAGAUUGUGUCUUUGGAGGGUCGGGAGGGAUUGUCGUUCCCGGCGCGUGAAGUGAAGGAUUUGGGAGAUGGGGUUGAGAAUGGAGAGUGUGCAUCGAAGACGCCGGCUUCUGAUUGGGUGACUUGCCCUGUUUGUGGGAAGAGAGUCCGAGGCGGUGAUUACGGCAUCAAUUUGCAUUUGGAUACAUGCUUGACCAGAGGAACCAAAAGGAAAGUGACCCAGCGCACACUUUUGCAGUUAAAUUUUUCUCCACGAUUGAAAGUGAAGGUUUGCCCUGUUGAGUCAGACUUGGAACAAUCGACUGUUGAUGUAGUUUGCAAUAAUCCUCAUGAAGAUUUGGUUAAUGGAGGGCAUGAGUGUGACAGGGUUGAAAAUGGGGAUGGUUUCCCUGAAAAUGGGGAUGGCUUGCUUCUAAAUGGCUGUGCUAGAAGUCUUGGCAGUGAAUGCCAAAUAGCUAGGAAGGUCAGGUCAGCCUCGCUGUCUCCCAAGAAGGUGGCUACUCACUGUGAUAUCAGUGUCGAUGACGAGGAUAUAUUUGGGACAGUUGUUGAUACAUUUAUUGUUGGUCGCAAGUUUAGUGAUGAAAAGGAAUUAAAACUUGGGAUGGCAAUCUCCCUUUUGAGAGAACCAGAAAAUGUCAAGGAUCCAAGCGCGAUCAAGGUUCUAUCUGCUGAUUCUGGAUGCUGCCUUGGUUAUCUUCCCCGUUCCUUGGCUCAAUAUGUAUCCCCACUUAUAGAGAAGCACUGCUUGAGUUUUGAGGGAAGUGUGACUUGUCUUCCAAACCAUAAUCAUGACAUCGUUCCCAUAAAGAUAUGUUGUCAUGGGAUGAUACCAUGUGGUGAGGGGAAGCAUGAUGAUGUCGAUGGUAUCAAAUGUUUGUGGACAAGUAUUUUGCAAGAAGUUGAAGCAGCGAGGAAAAAUCCACCCAGUAUGACAAAAUAUCAACAGAAUUUUAGUCUACUAAUACAUGAGGUCUUAAUCAGAAGUUCUAAUCUUUUUACAGAUGACGAGAAACUGUUCAUGGAAUCAUUCACUUCACUUUUGGAUGAUAGUCAGAGGCUUUUUGUCCGGCUUUAUUCACGGAAAGGGCCAUGGUUCCGGUUGUCCAACAUUUCCUAUCCGGAGAUCUCUGAUGCUCUGCAAGCUGUCAAUGAGCUCUCUGGGAAAGGAUAUGUGGUUCCAUUUGAUUGUGCAGAAGGCCUACAAACAGAUGAAAUGAUGGGUAUCUUAAGAGUGCUUACUGUUUCUGAACUUCGUGAGAUCUCCUGUAUACCAAAGAAGAAAGGCAGCCAGAAUUCAACAAAGAAGGAUCUUAUUGCAUCUGCUCUCUGUUCGUAUAGAGAUGGAUUAUGCCCAGUUCUUCCAAGUGUGCUUCUGGAUAAAGCUGGUGUGUGUGUAAAAAUAUCCUCGAGAGCUGAAACUGUCUUCUGGCGUGCUGAGAGAAUUUUCUUCCUGAAUGGAGAACAGGAUCUGUCUACAUUUCUUCUAGUUGAUCUGGGAGCAGUCAAAUAUCCAACUUACAACUGCACAAAUUCAGAACAAAUUUUCUCUUCUCGAAGUUGCCUCCUAGAUUAUGAAGAGGCUAUUGAAGUAGCACAGUUGAUGGAUGAGUCACUUGAUCAGAAUGACGCAGACCAAGUGUUGAGAUGUUUAAGGAUUGCAGACUCUUGUGUGGAUCUUCCUUCCGAAAAUGUAUCUAGAUCAUCCAUUUCAGGUUCAGAAGCUGCAUUUAUUUCAUGCUUCACAGCUUCUUGGGUCUACUCCAAGGUGAUUUUGUUAGGAAUCUCCUAUCUUGAACGUGAACAUAGGUACCAGGACGCAAUAAAUCUACUGAAGCGGCUUUUAGACUGUUUUAUAUCUGACGGAAGGAGAGGAUACUGGACUGUAAGGCUGUCUAUUGACUUGGAGCAUCUGGGAUUCCUGGACGAGAGCCUUUCAGUUGCAGAGGAUGGUCUCUUGGAUCCAUGGGUGCGUGCUGGUUCAAGGAUAGCACUGCAAAAGCGGGUUCUUCGCUUAGGAAAACCACCGAGGCGCUGGAAAAUUCCCCGUUCCUUUGAGAUUACAAAAUGGAAAAUUAAGGAAGUUCAUGUACAAGGGAGACCUUUGAACUGUGAAAUGGGGAAAAAGAGCAGGUUCUAUGGAGAAGAUGGAGAACAAUGCGGAGUUGAGCAGCUUGCUCUACAGUAUUAUGCCAAUGAAGGAGGUUGCUGGAGUGGAGUUCAUACGGAGAGUGGCAUUUGGUUGACCAUUUUUGGGCUUCUUAUGUGGGAUGUUAUUUUUUCUGAUGUACCGAAUGUCUUCCGCACGAAAUUUCAGACGGCUCCUUUGGAUUUGGAGACAGAUGGCUUUUUUCUAGCAAGGAAGGGCCUCAUAGAGACCCAUCUGCAAAAUAUUCAUGACGGCAUGGCCGAGGAGAUUCUUAUUACAUCAUGGGAGUCACACUUAGGAACUGCUUGCCGUGGAGUUAACUGGGAUCGGCAUUCCCUCUCAGAACUGCGUGCAGCUGUUACUUGCGUUGGUGGACCUUGUUUGGCCUCUCUUUGCCGGCUUCUCUCUCAGGAUUACCGUAGCUGGUCUAGUGGGAUGCCAGAUUUGUUAUUGUGGCGCUUUCAUGGAGAAUAUCGAGGCGAAGCGAAGCUUGUUGAAGUAAAAGGUCCAAAUGAUAGACUCUCCGAACAGCAGCGGGCGUGGCUAUUCAUUCUGAUGGAAUGUGGGUUCAAUGCCGAGGUAUGUAAAGUAACGCCUCCACUGCCGUUGGAGCCAAAUACUCAAAAUAUCAGCUGAAACUGAAAGCCCUAAAACAGUAAUUGGGAUGGAGAGUUCCAUUAUUCAUUCAUUUUUCAAUAUAUAGAUUCGAUUAUAUAGCUUCAUGAAAGCAAGCACAUUCCAGAUCUCUUGGAAAGUUGUUUGCUAUAUAAUCUCAAAGUUGCAAGAUGUAUUGAAGGGCAACGUGUUUCUUAUGUUUAAUCAGUAACACCAAUUGUCAAAGCCGAGUUCUACC